UGUAGUUGACGGCAUUCUUUCGCGUUGUUUUCUUUUCAACCGUCGUUUCUCGUUCAUUUAUAUUUACUCGAUGUACGCGUUCGUUUAGUGUGUUACAAUGGCGGUUGCAUUUUCAUCAAAUAUAUUACCAAUAACGUAAUUCAAUUCGAAUACAUUGGCGAGCUUUAAAAAAAUGAAGUCACGGCGACGAAUUCGAUCUUCUUCGAUCAUGACCAGAAUUUUCUUCAUAUACCUAAUCAUGUUUCCACAAGUGAAAAACGAGAGACAAAGAAAAAUCAUACCGUGUACUUCUAUGACGACUUGCGACGAAUGUAUUCAUAGAACGGAUUGUGUAUGGUAUUUGAAAGAGAAUACCAGAGGAAAAUGUCUGCCACCAGAUAACUUCACGGAUAUACGGGUCACUGAAAUAUCAGCAAUCGGCAAAAUCUGCUUGACCAAAAAUUUUUUCUACUUGCGAAAUUUAGAAUCUAACAAAACCUGCGAAGAAUUAAAUGCGGAAGAUGGUUUCAAGAUGAGAGAUUACCUAAGUAUUGGGGUUUACAUAGUAAUAUUUGUCUUCGGACUUUUAGGGAAUACAGCAGUGAUAUACGUGGUAUUUACAUAUCGUAGGAUGAAAACUCCAACCAACGUACUGAUAGCAAAUUUAGCAUGUGCAGAUUUGCUGGUGAUCAUAUUCUGUCUACCCGUACAAUUGUAUAAUACUUUAUACUUGGAAUGGAAAUUCGGAGAUCUACUGUGCAGUCUUGUGCCAUACAUGCAAGGUGUUUCGGUUUGUGCUUCUAUAUUCAUCUUGAUGGCCAUUUCCGUUGAAAGAUGUUUGACUAUCUGUUAUCCGAUGACUCGUCAUGGCAGAAAUACCAUCCCUACCUGUGUCAUAAUCACCAUAUGGAUUUUUCCAUUCUUGAUACCGAUGCCUUGGCUGUUCUACUUCAAAGUUCAGCCAUGGGAGAAGGAUGAAAGAAUUGAUGUGUGUUUGGAAUCAUGGCCAAAUGUCGAUAUCGGAAACGUAUACUUUGUAGCAGCAAAUAUCCUUCUGUGCUACAUUCUGCCUCUAAUUGUUAUAUCAGUAUGUUUUUAUUGCAUUUGGAGACGGGUAAGCACACGUGUUUUACCGGGAGAGAACACAGUUCAAAGUAACGCAGUAAUUAAUCGAUCAAAGAUCAAAGUAACCAAAAUGAUGUUAAUUGUCACCAUUCUGUUCACCGGAUCUUGGUUGCCUCUUUAUCUUAUUUUCGCAAUGAUUAAAUUCGGCAACCCUUCGGAUAUUCUGGAAGCCCUUGUACCGUACGCUCAAUGGCUCGGUGUAUCCAAUUCUUGCGUUAACCCAAUUUUAUACACGUUCUAUAAUAAAAAUUUCCGAACCUCUUUCAAAGCUAUAUUCAUGGGUGAAAAAUGGUGCCCAUUUGGUCAAAGAUAUUCGAGCUCUUCGUCGAGUCGAACCGGCGUUCCUAUUUUGGCAAGUCAAAAAUUUUCUCAAAGUAAAUCGUCGAAUACACAAGGAGGCAUUGUUACUGUCAUAUCGGAAAAAUCCAACCAUAAUUUGACCAGGACUAUGUCCACUCAAGUUUCCGUGAAUAGUUGUGUUUUAUUGAAAGCCCAAUUACUUCGAGGACAUAGCUUGGAUUAUGCGUGAAAUCAUAAGAAAACUGCAAUAAAAUGCACAGGAUCUAUCUUUUGAUUUCUUUUGUCGAUUAAAAUGGCGACAGAUUCGGAACACGCCGAGUCGUUUAUUUAUGUGUUUGAUCGUUUUUAUUGUUGAUGUUUAAAAUCAUAGAUGUUUCAAAUGGUCCUAUGGAUUCAUUGAUUAUUAGAAAUUUAUCAAUAAUCGUCGAUGUUUUAUUUUAAAAUACGAGAAUAAAAAUCAAUGUGCGUUUUGAUGGAAGAAUUUACGAAAAUCACAUUUUUCUCUUUGUAUGCAAUGUUAUGAAAACAUUUUUCCUCCAGUUUUAGAAAAAUCAAUUUCAUCUUUAAUUAACGUAGGUUCGAAAGUAUCUCACCCAGGUGAAUAUUUCGAUUUCAAUACUAGGUAAAUAUCUAUUAUCAAGGUAAACGAAUUCAUUAAAUUUUUGUUUGGUCGAGUUCCAGAAGAAAUGAAUUUUUAAAUUUUCUUCUUGUAUUUGAGGCAACCUACGGAAAAAAAGUGAAAAAAUGAUCUUCACAAGACCCGCAAGAAAUUUAAACUUUUCAAGUCAAUAUUCAACCCUUGUAGCUCCAGCUCAAAGUUUCAAAAUUUCUCAAAAAAUGGAUUAAACGUGGAUGUUUUUAAGCGAAAAUGUCUCGAUUCAUUUCAUUUUCAUCUUCAUAUUUCUCGAACAUGUCGUCAUAUAAGUCACACUCAACAUUUGUUUAAAUUUUGGAAAUGUCGAGAAAAAUGUUUUUGAAACAACUUACGUCAAUCUCACUGUAAAAAUUGAAGGCAAUGGCAUCUAAGAAUUUUUCUUGUACAUAUCAUAAGAGGAAGAGUGAGAUGAAAAGUGGGAAUUUUUCGAUAUUUUUAUUGAUGCCAAUUUUUCAAGUGAGAGAGGGAAUGGAGAUGAAUAAGAUUUUAAAAGCAUUUUUUCAAAGUUCGUCAGACUUGAUAUCAAAUAGGUACCUAUGUAUACUUAAUCUAUGAACUUCAAUGUAAGUAGAAAAAAAUUGAAUUAUUUUCCCUGAGAUUUUCAAAAGUCUGAUACAAUGUCAAAAAUUUAUCGGAAUUUUUUUUAAGUGUAACACUAUUAAGAUAUUAGACAAUUGGACGAUUUUCUCAUUUUUUUUAAAAUCUGACAUCUCACAAAAAAAUCUGUUACCGCUUGAAACUGACGAUGAAAAGUGUAGAAUGUAGAUGCCACCUAAUUCAGUAAUUCAUUUUCCAUUUUUAGCAAACUUAUCUAUAACAAUAAAUUAUUGAUUGAUAUUUACCUCAUGAGAUACUGUCACACACCUACAUCAAUUCUUAAUUGAAUGAUAACCAUGAGAAGGAUCAGACAUGUUCGGAUCUUUAUCCGUUAUAAUUAUUUUGUUCCCAAUCGACAAUCUGCCGUAAUUUCAACAACUUUGGGUUCUUUUCUUAUAAAUAUACAUAGAUACCUAUUACUCGUACCAAUCUAAGUAUUGUGAAUUCAUAUUCUACCGAUAUGAUACCUACAUAAUUUAAUUUGUUUCUAAUCAAUCGAAACUGAUAAUUUAUGGAAGUUACGUGACAGUUUAUGUCAUUACCUAUCUACACUAUCAUUUGAAGUUUAUUUACCUUAAACUGUCUGAUAUCUAAUUUACUACUGUAUAAAUUUCUGAGGAAUACAGAAUAAAUAGGUAAGCGUGAAUAUUGACAAUAUUUAUAGCUGUGUCUAUCUUUGUUAAAGUGAUGGAACGUUUCGUGAUGUGACUUCGAUAUUUAUAAGGGUGAAAUUUUAACUCGAUAAGUUUUAUGUUGAUGUGUAACUUACUAUAUUUCUCUGUUCAAAAUAAAUGUGUCGAAUGUUUGUAAAUAA